AUGGCCGAAACUUACACCCAAAGAGCGGAAAAGCACCCUUCGCCCGUGGCCCAGCGCCUCCUCCGCCUCAUGGAGUCUAAGAAGUCCAAUCUCUGUGCAUCUGUUGAUGUCAACACAACCGAGGAGUUUUUGACCCUCAUCGAUAAGUUGGGCCCUUACAUUUGCUUGGUGAAGACCCAUAUCGAUAUCAUUGACGACUUCUCAUAUGAGGGCACGAUUGUUCCUCUUCUUGAGCUUUCCAGGAAACACAAGUUUAUGAUCUUUGAGGAUCGUAAGUUUGCUGAUAUCGGUAACACUGUCAAGCACCAGUACUCUGGAGGAGCUUUCAAGAUUGCCCAAUGGGCUGAUAUUACGAAUGCUCAUGGCGUCACUGGUGCUGGUAUUGUCCGUGGUUUGAAAGAAGCUGCCCAGGAAACUACCCAGGAACCUCGUGGUUUGUUGAUGCUUGCAGAGCUCUCCAGUAAGGGCUCAUUGGCAUAUGGUGAGUACACCAAGCAGACGGUGGAGAUUGCCAAGAGUGACAAGGACUUUGUCAUUGGCUUUAUCGCACAGAGAGAUAUGGGUGGUCACGAUGAAGGCUUCGACUGGUUGGUCAUGACUCCAGGUGUGGGCCUUGACGACAAGGGAGAUGCAUUGGGUCAACAGUACAGAACCGUUGACGAGGUUGUAUCCACUGGAACCGACAUUAUCAUUGUCGGUAGAGGCUUGUUCGGAAAAGGUAGAGACCCACACGUGGAGGGUGAACGUUACAGAUCAGCAGGCUGGAAUGCCUAUCUCAAAAAGACUGGCCAAUAA